GGUAUUGUCAUGCAAAUAAAGGACGCGUAAAAUAUUCUCUCAGAGCGCAGCGCAGGGCAGAGACUCACGCGGACCGCAAGGAGGACACAGAUCGCGCCACUCGGUGGAUUUCUAUCGUUUGCGUCGCCACGGACCCGUCCAUCUGUUACAGACACCCUGGCCACAUGAGCAGCGACAUAUAGCCAGGGAACAGAUUGAACCGUUCAAGGAAAACCGACGGGGAUCCAACAAGCAGGAGGCUUGGAGCUGUGGAGAUAGUGGCCAUACUUCCAGUAAAGUCGGAGGUGUCUCUCUUCUCCAUCCCCUUGUGCAGGCUACCUGCUGCUGCUACUGCUGCUACAGAACGGGGAACUAUAUCUAAAGACCCCCGGAUCACUUGAGAGCACCCUUUUAUUUUCUAGGGGAUUUAUGAUCUCUCAAAUAUUUACACACCAAGUGUGCCAUUUCCUGUCUUGUCCUUUUUGGGAUAUAUAUAUACACAUAUAUAUAAAGUGACCUUUACCUUUUUAGUAGGCUACUUUAAAGUGCCUUAACAACUGGUUAUAAUCCAGUGUAACUGUGGCAUUGCUACCAGACCAGAGACGCUCAACAGGGAGAAGACGAUCAUUAUCAGCUUUAGAGCCCAGGCAGGAUUACUCAUUCCCCACCCUCCAACAAGCUGCAACCAUGAGCCAGGCGGAUGUGUCAACUUGCUCCGCGCCGCAAAGGGUUUUCCAGGAGGCGGUGAAGAAGGGCAACACCAAGGAGCUGCACUCUUUGCUGCAGAACAUGACAAACUGCGAAUUCAACGUCAACUCCUUCGGGCCAGAAGGACAGACGGCCCUCCAUCAGUCAGUAAUUGACGGAAACCUGGAACUGGUAAAACUGCUGGUGAAGUUUGGUGCAGACAUCAGGUUGGCCAACCGGGAAGGGUGGAGCGCUUUACACAUCGCCGCUUUCGGGGGCCACCAAGACAUUGUGCUAUACCUCAUCACCAAGGCCAAGUAUUCCUCUGGCGCCCGGUGAUCAGUCUCUGCUGUCAGGUAAAAAAAAGAAAAAGAAAAAAAAAGUAGAAAAUAAAAAACAAAUCAACAACAAUUUAAAUAUAAAACUGCAACAUAACACACGGGAAAGCCAGGCUCUUGUAAAAGCAAAAAAAAAAACAAAACAAAAAAAAAACUGCCAUUAUUUACAUAGUUG